UAUUUCCCAAGCGGAGUUUCCACGACAGCUGGAAGCCGAGCGGCACAGGCGCAUCGCUUCUUUAGCUAAAAUAACGAGAAUAAAAAAACCCGAGUGUUCUGCUCGUCUCAGCUCCUCCAGAUUCUCCCUGGUCUGGCAUGGGCGACAAGAGGAGCCCCACAAGGCCGAAGCGUCAACCGAAGCCCUCCUCCGACGAGGGGUUCUGGGACUGCAGCGUGUGCACGUACAAGAACACGGCGGAGGCUUUUAAGUGCAUGAUGUGUGAUGUCAGGAAGGGGACAUCAACAAGGAAGCCUCGUCCCGUCUCUCAGCUCGUCUCUCAGCAGCAGGUAACGCAGCAGUUUGUGCUGCCGUCGCAGCCCAAGAAGGAAAAGAAGGAGAGAGUCGAGAGGGAGAAGAGCGAUAAAGAGCCGGCGAUCAAGAAGAACAGUCACAAGAAGAUGAGGCCAAGGUUAAAAAACAUCGACAGGAGCAGCGCCCAGCACCUGGAGGUGACGGUUGGGGACCUGACGGUCAUCAUAACAGACUUUAAAGAGAAGGCCAAGCCCUCGGCGACCUCUGCCACUUCCUCCAGCUCCGCCUCGUCGGCAGACCACCACAACCAGAACGGCUCCAGCUCAGAAAACACAGAGAGGGGCCUUUCCCGCUCUUCUUCCCCCCGGGGGGAAGGGAGCUCGGUCAACGGGGAGUCCCACUGAGACAACUCCUCAAAGACCUCACCCCGGCCUUCCACUCACCACAUCCACAAGUCCACAGAUCCUUAGAGGACCAUCCUACCCUUUGGUUGACAGCUGCACAGUCAUCACAACCACAGCUUUGAUCAUUUUUUCCUUUAUUCUUCCCCUACCAAAGACCAGCUUUUGGUCCACAGCGGUGGAAUCCAACCUUUGGAAAUCAUUGUGAAACUCCUUUUGCUGGAGCGUUUGGUCAUCUCCAUUUUAAAUCCAAUAUCUGGUGUAAUCACAAAGGGAUGCCACACACGGUCCAAAGGCAGCUGCUAGCAUAUUUACUUUCACUUUGAUCCUAAUGUGGAACUUCUCCGAAACUCACCAGAGAAAUGUGUCAAUAUUUUAAGAAAAGAAAAACUUCAGGGUGCGGGAUCCUCUUCCUUCAAGAAUUACCUUUCUUUUCCCUCGACGAUAAUUUCCUUAGAAAAAAAGAAAAGGGCAUCCCCAUCUUUGGAUCAUCAUCGUCGUCAGUGGCCGGCGGACCUAGUCUUCCCCCUCGUGGAAUGUUCUCCCUCUUGUCUGGAGUCUUUUCCCGUUGAAUGACUGAACCAGUUUCCUCACUGUCCCUACACUGAGCCUUCAGCCCGGCGGUGACACUUUACUCCUGAUCGGGACACUCACAGAUUCCCCUCUUAGACUGCCUCCAGUGUUGAGUGACUUUCUCCUGACACAGCACAGUGACUGUCUCAACGCCAUGUGGUGAAUUUACACAAUAUUUGGAGCAGCUUUGGGGAAAAGUACGAUUGGGACGUGUUAUUUACACAGCAGGAUGGCACAGUGAUGCAUCCUGGGUGUCAUUGUUAGACUUUGUGUACCAUCAGGUAAUGUGGAGUUAGUGUCGAUGACUUUUCUAUGUGUUUUAUUCUUUCUGAGCUCUAUCUGGAACCAGAACUAGUCUGAACUCAUUUUGAUGAGGAAUGUAAUUAAUUCUUUUGGUUUCCUGGCAUAGCUGCACCCCCGGAGAAUAGAAGGCUGGUGCUGUGAGAUACUUACUGAUUUUAGACUCACUUAAAGACGGCUGAAAAUUGAACUCAUGAUCCUUAAAAGGCAAGAAAGGCUUCUCUAAAGGCACAUUUUCACCCUGUACUGCAAGUCACAGGGCUCUAAAGUCAAAAUCAAUCACGCUGCAGUAUCAAAUCUCAUAAUUAGCAGACAAAUUACUCCACUAAACUAUCAAAAAUGACCGACCCAGAUGCCGCAUGCCUUCCUCAGGAACAGUUCUGGAGCUACAGCGGCAGGCGUGGGCGUCUGGCUUGACCGAGGAAGACGACGCAGCAGGACCCACCACAGGAAACCUCGGGUCCUAACUGAUAUUACCUUGACCUGCACUGCUUCUCCUCAACACUGGUGCAGACCACUCUUAUGUCAUUGGCCUCUCCUAUGCUCAGACGCACUGUCAAACAUAUUCAGGAAUGCUUUCAAACCGGUGUGUAAGAGUUUAAGGUGCUGACUUACCCUCAACGUACUCCAGAUCUCAAGGAAAUGUCCUGCUAAAGCGAGUCAAACCACCCUAUGUUAACACAUUACAGUUCCUUGUAACUUCAUGAACCAUGAUAAUGCUACACUAUACUUGCUGUUUGUCAGAUGAUAGAUUUUCGACUCCAGAUAAUUAUUCUUAAAAGUUUGGCUCAUUUUUCUUUUCUUUUCUUUUGAUGUGCUUUUAUUUCAUUUUAUUUUUUUUAAACUAGAGCUUCUUUUAAUGAAAACUGUCAGAUAUGUGUGGAAGGUGAUGAAGUGACCGUAGCUGUACAGGACACCAGUGUACUCCUUUUAAUAUUUUCCGCGCUGCACAAGCAGAGCUGCACUUGACUGAAGACUGAGUGGAAAAGCACAGGAAGCAGAUUCUGCCGGGCACCUUCCCUUCGGACGCCACACGGGAAAACCGUGACCGUUUGAGCUGUAAGAGUGAUGUCUUGCAUUGUGAUGGACAGAGACUGGCAUAGCAUACAAAUGGCAGCGCUUUAGAGGAUAUUAUCCCAGCAGAACAACUAUAGGUCAGCCUAACUAAACAAUAACUUAUAAAACCUGUAGAAUAAUGACAGAGGAAAUUGAUAUUUCUAAAAUAUUGUACUACAAUGUUUUGAUGUGGUUGUAUUAUUCAUCAUAUCAGUGUUGUUGAGAUUUUUACUUAACAUUUUAGGACACAUCCAGAGAACCUUCAUGGCAUGAUGAUAUUAAAGUCUUGAUAUAUUGUGGGGCAGACUUUGUCUCUUAGUUUGUUAGUAUUGUUUCAUGUGUUUGUCUUAGGUUCACUAACCUAGCUGGGACUAGGUUUGUGAGCUUGAGAGGAAUUGUUUAGACAAACAUCUGUGGCAAAAAAAGGAAAGUCACCUAAAAUGUGUUUGUGUUACUUAUCAAUAGUUUUGUUUAUUUCCUUUUUCCAUACCUAUUUGUUUAAAAAUGUGUGAACUUGUUUAUUACAUGUCUGAAUAAGAAAAUGACAAAAUUCUAAACAGGUGAAACGUGU